AGGUGAGAAGAUGCGUUUUCUUGUGAGGGGACCUCGAAACCGCGGGAAUCGUAUUGCCGCCUUUUCUUCUAUAGAAAACUCCCGCUAAAAUCGUCAGCACGUACAGAGAGCGGAUCACCCGGAGAGCUCGCCUGUCACCCCCAAGCCGUGAGUCUACACAGCUUAUUAGGAAAGAGUCGAGGACAUUGGAGGAACACAGAUCGCAGGAUGUCUCGCAAGGAUGAUCCACAAGACAAGUUCCAUGCUGUCACUAUUAUAUUCCUGAUCUUAGGCCUUGGGACAUUACUUCCCUGGAAUUUCUUCAUCACUGCAAUUCCUUAUUUUCAGACUCGUCUGUGCUUGACUCAUGAAGUGAAUGGAGAUUCCUCGACAAACAUUUCUUCAGAGUCCCUGGUCAAUGGAACCGCACAAUGCAAAGAUGACUUUAAUUUUAACAACUGGAUGACCCUCUUAGCCCAGCUGCCUUUACUGCUUUGUACCCUCCUAAAUUCGUUUAUUUAUCAAUGGAUCUCCGAAAGAGUGCGGAUAGCAGGCAGUAUGUUGGCCAUCUUGUCACUUUUUAUUUUUACUGCAGUCCUGGUUGAAGUUGAUUUGGGAGCUCAGAGUUUCUUUGAUCUGACAAUGGCCACAAUUUGGUUUAUAAACGCCUUUUGUGCUAUUCUACAGGGCAGUCUAUUUGGCUUGUUGACCCUCUUCCCCCAGCAUUACAGUAGCAUGUUCCUCAGCGGGCAGGGGAUGGCCGGCACAUUUGCAGCCCUAGCCAUGCUGCUUUCCAUGUCCAGUGGGGCAGAUCAGCUCACCAUCGCCCUCGGUUAUUUUAUUACUCCUUGUAUUGGGACUUUUAUCUCCAUUGCCUGUUACUUCCUGCUUUAUCGUAUGGAAUUUGCGCAACACUAUCUUUCUAAGUCCAUCACUAACAGUUCAAAGACUUAUGAGCUUGAGACAAAAACAGAGCUGUUACACCAAGGAGAGGAAAAUGGAGAUGCUGCAGGUCAAAAGAAAGCUGUUCUUCUAUUAAAGGAAGCAGAGACUGGGGGUGUUGGCGAAGAAAAGAAAAGUGUAUCUGUCUGUGUUGUAUUAAGGAAGAUCUGGGUGAUGGCUCUAUCUAUCGUAAUCACAUUUGGGGUAACACUAUCAGUAUUUCCUGCAAUUACAGCAAAAGUUGAAAGCAGCGUGAACGAUGAAGGCUGGAAAAAAUUCUUUACUCCUGUAUGCUGCUUCUUGACUUUCAAUAUUAUGGACUGGAUUGGUCGUAGUAUUACUUCAAAAACCUUGUGGCCUGGUCCUGAUUGUAAAUACCUACCUUUACUCGCAGCAAGCCGCUUUAUAUUUGUACCUCUCUUCAUGUUGUGUAACGUUACUAGAUCCGACCGCUAUUAUCUACCAACUUUAUUCUACCAUGAUGUUUGGUUUAUCAUCUUCAUGAUCUUCUUUUCUGUCAGCAAUGGCUAUUUCGUAUCCCUUCCCAUGUGUUUGGCACCCACGAAAGUAUUGCCACACGAGGGUGAAACAACAGGGGCCCUCAUGACCUUCUUUCUUGCAUUGGGACUGUCAGUGGGGGCAGGAUUAUCCUUUGGCUUCAAAGCACUUUUAUAAGAAGACUUGAAGUCCCCUCCAGUACAUACAAUUGUCAUUCUGCUCUGACCUUUAGUUGUGUUCUGCAAGAAAGAAAUCUGCACUGAUCUCACCAGUUUACUGCUUUGCUUUUAGUGUUUUUAUUUAAUUAUUUUUUUUACUUUUGCUGUUUUAUUGUCAAUCUUAUCAAGACAGUUUUCAAUCACCUUAUUGAUCACUGCUGCUACAUUUUUAUUUGUAGGAAAACUAUUUUAACAUUGUUAUUUAUGUCUAGUUCGUAACCAAAGCUGUUUUUUUUUUGUUUGUUUGUUUUUUUUAGGUAUAUUAAUUAGGAAUGUGCAUGUAGCAUCUGGGAAAGUGUUAAAGUCCUAUUGAUAAUAUACUGGUUAUCGCCAAACAUUCUUUAAAAGGGCAUCACAAUAAUCAAAGCAUUUUCCACUAUUCAUCACUUCCAAAAUUGCGGGAAGCAACUUUGAUAUUUACAUCGCUGAAACAUGACUUGGAGUCUAGAAUAGGAUCAAAAAGUCCUAAAUAUGAUUUAUUUUACAGAAAAUAUGUUAUAUACAGUAGUUGGUGCAGUAAUUUCUAACUCUUCUGAAUGGUCUGAAUCAAUAACUAUUGCUGAGGGAGUCAACAGGGACCUUCUGCAUUCUCGCGAACAGGGACCACUGAAUGCAUUCUCUAUGGGAGCUGCUGAAGAUAGCUGGGUGACUGCUUGAAAAUCACUGGGUGAGACAGUUCCAAUUUGCUGUGAUUUGACACUUGUUUUUUAUUUAGUUUUUUGUUUUGUGAUGAAAUAAAACAAACUCUUUUAUGGAGAGAUUCUUUUUUGCUGUUUGGUACAGCAGUCGCCUAUCUCCACAGCUCCCAUAGAGGAUGAAUGAAGCAACCCGCCGCUCCAUUUUAAUAAGAGACUUUGGUCCUAGUUCUCAACAUUGUUGGUGGUCCAGCUGUCAGACCACCUACAAUCAGAUAGUUAUCCCCAUCCUAUGGAUAGGGAAUAACUUUGAGUUGAGUCAACCCCUUUAAUGGCCCUGAUGAUUCCUUCUUCUCCAGAAGAUUAUGGCUCUAGGGGUCUUCUAAUAGCUAUAAAGUCUAGAUGUAUUGUCAGGAUAGUAACCAAAAUACUGAUAUAAUACGGAUGCAUCUAUAUAUUAUAUUUGAAUCCCCCUUCAUAGCCUUUAAAGGGGUAUUCCGGUGGAAUACAUUUUUAUUUACUUUUAUUUAUUUUUAAAUCUACUGAUGCCAGAAAAUUUAACAUAUUUGUAAAUUACUUCUAUUAAAAAAUAUUAAUCCUUCAAGUAAUUAUCAGCGGCUGUAUACUACAGAGGAAAUUCUUUUUGGAUUUUUUUGUCACGACCACAGUGCUCUCUGCUGACACCUCUGUCCAUGUCAGGAACUGUCCAGAGCAGGAGGAAAUCCCCAUAGCAAACAUAUGCUGCUCUGGACAGUUCCUAAAAUGGACAGAGGUUUCAGCAGAGAGCACUGUGUGGUCAGACAGAAAAGAAAUCCAAAAAGAAAAGAAUGUCCUCUGUAGUAUACAGCUGCUAAUAAGUACUGGAAGGAUAAAGAAUUUUUAAUAGAAGUAAUUUACCAAUCUGUUUACCUUUCUGGCAUCAGUUGAUUUAACCACUUGGGGACGCGGGGUGUAUGCAUAUACGCCCUGCAUCCCCAAUCCUUAAGGAAUCAGGGCGUACCUGUACGCCCUGGUCCCGUUUAUAAAGUUUAAAACGUUCUCACCAGAAGAGAACAGGUUAAACCCAGUGGGUCCUGGUUCCCACGGGUAGCCAGGACCGACUGCUAAUGCCCGACACGGCCGAUCGGGCCGAUGCCCGGCAUUAACCCUUUAGAUGCCUCAAAGUUCAUCAGGGAGUCUAAAACGAAAGUAAAAAGAAUCCCGGCAGCUCAGCGGCGCUGAUCGGGACUAUCGUGACAAAAACACGAUGUCCCGAUCAGCUUACCGGAAGACGAUAGGGUCCUGACCUGCCUCUCCGUUGUCCGAUCGGCGAUCUACUGCUCCAUGCCUCCAAACAAGUUAUAGGGGUCAUAAGAUGCCAAUUUUAAACAUAAUAAUUUUGGUGCAUGUAGUUUAGAAUUUUUUUAAAGUAUUAAAAUAAAACCUACAUAAAUUGGGUAUCCUUGUAACCGUAUGGACCUACAGAAUAAAGAUAAGCUGUUGUUUUGCAGCAGGUUAUAUUAUAAAAUAAGUGAUGUCGUUGCAAAGUAUAAUUGCUGAUGCCAAAAGCAAGCCCUUAUGUGUCUCUAGGUGCAGAAUUGAAAGCGUUGGGACUUUUAGAAAGGAAGGAGGAAAAAGCGAAAAGUCCUUAAGGUGAAAAUAGGCUGAGUCCCUAAGGGGUUAAAAUAAAAAAUUUCCACCGGAGUACCACUUUAAUUGCCUCUUUCCAUCUGCAAAAUGGCAGAAAUGUAUGCUGAGCUUUCAAAAAACGAUUCAUUAACAUUAGUGCCAUGUUCAAUAUGUUUUGUAAAAGGUGAAAGGCUAGGGUCACAUUGUUUUUUAAGGUGUAUUACAUUUCAGUUUACACCUUUUUUAUUUAUUUUUAUUUUUUUCUUAUGUCCAGUCAAGGUCAUUUUCCCAUAGAAGUCAUUGGGAAAAACGCUGCACCGUUCACAUGUAAAUAAAAAAAAAAAAUUUAUUGUCAAAAGAAAAAUUAUUUUGCAUGUGGUAUAGCUGUUUCUACACGUGGUAUUUGAAGCGCUUUUAAGGUUUUCUUUCGAGACGUUUUUGCACAUAAACAUGCUAAUAGGCUUGAAAAUUGCAAGCAGGUUUCUUAUUUGCAAAAAAAAAGCCUUUAAUAUCCCGGUAAAAUGUUGAAAAGCUGCAAAACGACUUCACAAAACAAAAACGUGCAUAAAUUUUUUUUUUAAAUUGCUUUUAUUUACAUGCAAAAUGAGCCUCAAAAUUUCAAGUAAUACUUAAGAGCAUCAAAGUACACUGUGUAAACAUAGCCUAAGUCAGGGUUUCCCAAGCAGAGUGCCUCCAGAUGUUGCAAAACUACAACUUCUAGAAUGCCCGGACAGCCUUUGGCUGUCUGGGCAUGCUGGGAGUUGUAGUUUUGCCACAGCUGGAGGCACCCUGCUUGGAAAACACUGGCCUAAGGCUUCUCAUUUAUCCUAUUACCUCUGAUACUCCAGGAUAUGGCAGCAUACAAAUUCACUAUGGUAUUUAAGUCUUUAGCAAUAAACUUGUAAAAUUAAUGUAUUUCAUAUUUAUCUUGCCAUCUAUUAUUUAUAGGAAUCUAAAGGGAGUCAAUGUAGUAUUAUUAUAAAAAAAAAAAAAAAAUUAUUCUUUUUUAGAAGUGUAUUUUUAUUGGCUGAAUAUUAAAGGGAACACAUUGUAUUGUGAAGGGGAACUUUACUUUUCAGUUCUUUGUAUUAUGACUGAUUUAUAUUUACUCUUUGACUGUGUGUUGUAUUGUUGAUACAACCUUAUAUUGUGUGUUAGCAGUGUAAAUGCUUGUUAAUAUUUUUUUAUUCUAUUACAAUAGGCAUCUCUGGUGUCGCUGGCUAAAUGUUACAGUAUAGUCAAUCAAAAUGAGUAUGUAUGUACUUUUUCACUGUUAAAUUUGGAAUUCUGAUGCUCAAACUUUAAAGAUGUGAUUCAGUGAAAUAGUGAAAAGGAUUGACGUUGUGCUAUAGGAGACUUUUCAAGCCGUGGCUUUACGUACAGCACUUCAGACAUUCAUCCAAUAGAAUGAAAUAUUGCCAACGAAGGCAUAGUUAUAGACAAAUCAUUGAUCAUAGGAUGUUGCUUGAUUUGGCUGUUACAAAACAUAGGAUUCUUAUUGAAUUGUACAUUUAUUUUGUAACUAUUAUGUUAAAAAUACUCAAAACUAGAAGAAACUAACUUAGCAUUUUACCAGUUAUUUUUUUAUGAAUAAAGCAUUUUUUUAUGACAAACAUCUGUUCACUG